UGGUUUCCAUGGGAACGGAAGACGCUGAUGGGAGGGUUGGUUAAUAUCCUCCUGGAGCCUCCCAGACAGCAAAGGGGGCUCCGGAGGGAAUAAGGCACGCCGGAAAGCAACCUGGUAACGGGGAAUUUUGAAAGGGGAAAAUGAGUGAUUCUAAAGAAGAGAGUUCCACUUCCAGUGAGUCUGAACGUGAACCUGAACCUGAACCUGAAUCUGAAUCUGAAUCGGAACCGGAACCGGAACCGGAACCAGAGAAUCCUGAGGAUCCAAUUUAUGCCAUAGCGCCAACAAUAAAUAUCCAAGAUGAAGGUUCCAUUGAUGUGGCUACAAGUCCUGCAUUUCAGUACCUUGAUGAGCUGUUUUAUGCUGGAAUGAUUCCUGGAACCAGGGUAGCCGAGCUGAAGGCAAAGUAUACCCUUCUUCAUGAGACUCUAGUAAGUGUGCAGGAAUCAGAGAUACAGCUGUUACAGGACGCCAAGCGUUUCACUGUAGAAAUAGAAGACCAGCGUCAGGAACUAGAAAAAGCGGAGCAGUUCCCAGAGGGAUCCACUUCAGAGCUGUCCAAACUGAGACAGCAGUACCUGAGAUACCAUAAUGAAUACAAUGCAAUUCAAGAAAGAGAGUUUGAGACUCAGUACAAGUUGAACAGUUUACUAGAAGAAAAGAAGCUGCUUGAAAAAGAGUAUCAUAGAAUCCCUAAAGCUAGUACUGCAGAAAAAAGAAUUAAAGCCCUGAAAGAAAGCUGUGAAGAGCUCCGUAAAGAAACGGGACAUAGAAGGCAAGAAAUUAAAGCACUGAAAGAGGAUCUGUCAUUAAAGCAAAAGCGUCUUGCUAAAGAUCAGAAAGAACUUGAUGAACUACUUCGGACACAAGAAGACUUAAAAGAUGAAUUAGUCCAUCUCCAAACCGUUCCUAUUCAACUUGGAAAGGAAGUUGAGAGAAUGAACCGCCGAAAGCAAGAUGUAGAAAAAAAGAAGAUAGCACUACAGGAAGAUUCACAAGAAAUUAUUGAAACCCUUAAAAAAUUUGAAGCUAAAGCUAAUGAGGCAAUGGAAGAGAAAGAAGACGUGAUGAAGGAGGUAGAUGGGAAAAAAGCUUUGCUUGAAAGCAAAGAGCGAGAAUACAUCAAUUUUACAAAGAUGCAUGAGAUGAACAAAGAGAAUGAAGGAACUGCCAUAUCAGAAAGGGGCAUUGUAGAAAUUGGUUUCCGUAACUGUCUUGUGGCGAAGCAAAAAUUGCAAGAUACUUUGAGUCGCAUGCAAAGAGAGAGAGACCGAGACUUCAGAAAUUUUAAAAAGAUGGAGAUGCAACUGAAAAUAGCUCAGGAGGGCUUGGAGCUAAUUAGAUCACACCAUGAUAGACUCCUUUUGGAGAUAGAUGCUGUUCCUAAAGACGAUGGGACUUUAUUAGAAAGGCGAAGGGAGCUCCAGAGAGAAGUUGAAAUAAGUAAGAGAAAUUUGGCCCAGGAGAAAACAUCAACAGAUGUUGAGGGACGGAUGCUGGAGCAGUGUGUUGCUGAAGAAGACCAGCUUUUUAAGGUUUUGGAACAUUACAGGGAUGACGUAGCCAACUUGAUACGUAUGAUUCAGCUCAAGGCUGAUGAGAGGGAGCAAAAAUCAAAGGAUUUUUUAAAAGCCCAGAUGCGGCUGAAUAGUGUUAUUAGAGAAAUAAAAACAAAAGAUUUUGAGAUAAGGGAACAUAAGAAGAAGCAAAGAGAAAUUCAGAGACAAAUGCAAGAAUUUGCGAAAAUGUACGACAUUGUACGGAAUGAGAGAAACAAACUGGUAAACCUUGUGCAUGCUGCCCGCCAAAAAACAACUGAAAUUAAAGAGAGGGUGAAAAUGCUGGAUAAUGAGAUGGAAAUCUUAAGGAACAAUGCUGUAAUUAAAGAGAGAAAACUGCAAAAAUACCAGCUGAAGCAUGCAAAUAACAUCGCAAUUAAAGACAGCAUCCAGAAUGAUGUCUGCAAGGUUCUUCAAACAGUCCAGGAGAUGAAAGAAAAGCGAGAGCAGCAACUGAUGGAUGUUGAAAGACUCACCAACUUGCUUACCCGUAUUGAGGAGGAAAUGGUGCAGUUGCGUAAAAAAUACGAAAGGGCUGUUCAGCGCCGGAAUGAGAGUGGAGUUUUGCUCAUAGAGCGCGAGGAAGAAGUUUGCAUUUUCUAUGAAAAAAUAAAUAUUCAGGAGAUGAUGAGUCGAAAUGGUGACAUUGAAAUUAAUGUGAUGGAUGAAAAGAUCCGUUUUCUAAAUCUGAAACUAACUGAGAAACAGAGGCAGAUUGAAUUAUCACUGAAAACAUUGCCUAUGAAAAAAUUCCUAGAUGCCGAUUUAGUGGUCCUUCAGAUUCAGUUUUCACAAUGCAAGGACAAAAUCAGAAGCCUGGAGAAAUUGUUUGCAGACCCUAACAAAGAAAGCAGAACACGAGCACUGGCGGGAAAGGACCCCUCUCAACCAGACCUGUACAAAAAGAUAGAGGAGUUAGAAAUACAGCUGGCACAAAAAGAAGAGAAAUUGCUUGAAAAGGACUUUAUUUAUGAGCACGUGUCCCAGCUAACAGAGAAAGUCAGCACCAAGGCAGAAAAUGGCAAAGAGGACACACUGAUAUUGGCAAAAAAGAUGAAUGGACUACAAGAGAAAAUAAAAAGUGCAACUCAGCAGUUGAUGGCUCUUAUUGCAGAGUUAUCUAUGAAUCAAGCACAUGCCAUUAAACUACAACAAGAGAUGAGGGACAAGGAACAGUUUUUAAUGUGCAUCACUUCAAGGCUAGAGAAAGGGCUCCCACCUCCUCCGGAAGUAGAAAUGGAGUGGUUAAAGGUGCUACGUAAUGAACAAAUGUAUAAAGCUGCAGCAGAAGCCAAAGCCAAACGUGCUGCAGAAGAGGAACAAUACGCCUUACCAACUAGCAUAUACACUACUGCUGAGCAGCGGCCCAACGCCUACAUCCCAGAUGAUGAAAAUGUCCUUCCUCUGCCACGGCCCUAUGGCUCACUGGCUCCUUUCAAACCAAAUGAGCCUAGUGCAAAUAUGAGGCACAUACGAAAACCAAUCGUAAAGCCAAUUGAAAUCUGA